AUGACUUGUUAUAAUUGUUUUUCUCUUUUGAUUGUUCUCUUCUCUUUGCCAGUUUUUUUAAAUGUAAAUUCUUCUGAUCUCACAGUUUCUUGUCCGACGACACACUGUGGAGGAAUCGAGAUACCGUACCCCUUUGGAGUGGGAAAGGGUUGUUAUCUGGAGAAGUGGUAUGAAAUUACAUGUAAUACCUCUUCUACUUCCGGAAAGCUCGUCCCUUUUCUUUCCGUAAUCAACAAGGAAGUUGUGGGCAUUUCUCUUUGGAAUCGGAACGACGACAUACACAAUAUCUCCGGGAAUUACUCGUCAGUUAGCAUUAGAAACCAAAUAACUUCAAUGGGAUGCUCAAGCGACGGAGAAGAGCUAACUGGAUCACUUUUGAAUUUAACGGGUACCCCUUUUUACGUUACCAGAAGAAAUACACUGAUUGGGCUUGGUUGCGACAACACGGCAUCGUUGACGAAUGUCGAGCCAAGCAUAGUACAAUGCAAAUCAAGCUGCAAUAUAAAACCCCAUACGCCUACUCAAGGUUAUCUUGCAUUAGCCGCUUGUCACAACGAGUAUGGCUACAAUAGCGAGGAUUGCUAUGAAAAAAGCACUGUGACUGAAACAAGCUACAAUGGUAUUAGAUUCUGCGCGGCAUCCAUGUACGGCAAUAUUAUUCCACAGGUCGUUGGUGUUAGAAUAGAAAACACCACAACGAGAGGCUGCAAAGUUGCCUUCUUCACAAUCGAGGCAUACUCUUUGUCUAGUGAUCUUGAUCCGCAAAGGGCUUAUGCUAGAGGAUACAGUACAGUUGAGUUAGGAUGGUUUAUCUAUACUGCGAAUCAUUCGUAUGUAGAGUCUCUGGGAUGCUAUACUGUAAACGAGUACUUCAGUCCGACCUACUACCGUAGCAACGGUGAUCUGAGAAGUUGUGAAUGCGACUACAAUGUUAGUCUAAACUAUGCAAGUUGCGGAUGCACUAGGGGUUUCCGAGGCAACCCAUACAGUUUAGGAGGAUGUAAAGACAUUAAUGAAUGCCAACAAGAAGGAUAUGAUGGAGCUCAUUUUUAUUGUCGGGGAGGCAGAUGUGUCAAUUCAUAUGGUAGCUAUGAAUGUAGGUACACAAAUCAUCGGCCACUAGCUAUAGGGCUUGGUACUAGUUUCGGCUCGUUGAUCUUUGUCGGUGGAAUAUACUGGUUAUACAAAAUUAUUAGAAAGCAAAGGAGGAUAAACCAAAAGAAGAAGUUCUUCAAGCGUAAUGGGGGUCUAUUGUUGCAACAGCAAUUGACUUCCACAGAAGGCAAAGUCGAGACGACAAAAGUCUUCAGUUCGAGGGAGUUGGAGAAAGCUACUGAAAACUUCAGUUCAAACAGAAUACUUGGUCAGGGUGGUCAAGGUACUGUUUACAAGGGAAUGCUUGUCGAUGGAAGAAUCGUAGCUGUAAAAAAAUCCAAAGUCGUGGACGAAGACAAGCUUGAAGAGUUCAUCAACGAGGUUGUCAUUCUUUCACAGAUCAACCAUCGGAACAUCGUGAAACUCUUGGGGUGUUGCCUUGAGACAAAGGUCCCAGUUCUCGUCUACGAAUUUGUUCCUAAUGGUAACCUUUUCGAACAUCUUCAUGAUGACUCUGAUGAUAACACUAUGGCUACUUGGAAAGUACGUCUCCGCAUUGCUAUAGAUAUUGCAGGAGCUCUCUCAUACUUGCACUCGUCUGCAUCUUCUCCAAUCUAUCACAGAGACGUCAAGUCUACGAACAUUAUGUUGGAUGAGAAAUAUCGAGCCAAGGUAUCUGAUUUUGGAACUUCAAGAUCGGUAACAGUGGAUCAUACCCACUUGACAACGGUAGUUUCAGGUACUGUAGGAUAUGUUGAUCCAGAGUACUUUCAGUCUAGCCAAUUUACAGAAAAAAGUGAUGUCUACAGCUUUGGGGUCGUGCUAGCGGAGUUGAUAACAGGAGAAAAGUCGAUUUCUUUCUUUCGGUCUCAAGAAAACAGAACAUUGGCAACUUAUUUUAUUACAAAAAUGAAAGAAAACAAACUCUUCGAUAUCAUCGAUGCUCGAAUAAGAGAUGACUGCAUGCUGAGCCAAGUGACUGCAGCUGCAAAAGUUGCAAGGAAGUGUCUCAAUCUGAAAGGGAGGAAACGGCCAAGCAUGAGAGAAGUGUUGAUGGAGCUUGACAAUAUUCGUAUGUCUUCUGGAGAUAUGCAAACGCAAGAGCAUAUUAGCGAAAACGAAGAAGAGGAAGAAGAAAACAAAGGAAUUGUGGAAGAUAUCGUAAGGGUAGAAUCAAGGAACAAUGUUGUAGUUACGGCUCCAGCUUCUCAAUACAAUGUUGUCGCAAGGUCGUCUUCAUCGUGGUCGGAUGUUGAACUUGAACCAUUGUUUCCUCUCCAAACACGGUAAAACUUCAACAUUGAAUACGACCAAUAUAAUCAAAGUCUUUGCGGUUAGAUUUGCUUUUCGGUGUUUGAGUGUACAAUAAAUUUUUCUAUUAAGUUCGUUAAGUGUGUAACAACGAAACUCAUCUGUACUCAUUUCCCAAUUAAAACAGGCAUAAUCAUUUAUAUUUUA